UCCGCUCGACUUAACCCGGCGCCUUUUCAGGGUCCCUACGCCGCGGACCCUGCCCUGCGCGUCCCUCGACCCGACCUAGGCUUCGGCCCGGGUCCUUCACUCCGGAGCCGCCAUGUCUUCCGACUUCGAAGGCUACGAGCAGGACUUCGCAGUGCUCACGGCUGAAAUCACCAGCAAGAUUUCCAGGGUGCCCCGACUCCCACCUGAUGAGAAGAAACACAUGGUUGCAAAUGUGGAGAAGCAGCUUGAAGAGGCAAAAGAGCUGCUUGAACAGAUGGAUUUGGAAGUCCGAGAAAUACCACCCCAAAGUCGAGGAAUGUACAGUAACAGAAUGAGAAGCUAUAAGCAAGAAAUGGGAAAACUGGAAGCAGAUUUUAAAAGGUCACGGAUCGCCUACAGUGACGAAGUACGGAAUGAGCUCCUAGGGGAUGAUGGGAAUUCCUCAGAGAACCAGAGGGCACAUCUGCUCGAUAACACAGAGAGGCUGGAAAGGUCAUCUCGGAGACUAGAGGCUGGGUACCAAAUAGCAGUGGAAACCGAGCAAAUUGGCCAGGAGAUGUUGGAAAACCUCAGUCAUGACAGAGAAAAGAUACAGCGAGCACGUGAAAGACUUCGGGAAACAGAUGCCAACUUGGGGAAGAGCUCCAGGAUUCUGACUGGGAUGUUGAGAAGAAUCAUCCAGAACCGCAUCCUGCUUGUCAUCCUCGGGAUCAUCGUGGUCAUCACCAUCCUGACGGCCAUCACUUUUUUUGUCAGAAGACACUGAUGUAUCUGCUCUCCCUUGAUAAACAGCAACCGCCGCUUGUUCUGAGUAAUUAAGACAAAAUGGUCACAUGAAUCAUUCUUCGGCACUGACAGGCCCUGGGUGACCCCUUCUCUCCUUCCCCCACUGUUCAGCUAAAGUGCAAAGAGUGUAAAAAUAUUUUCUAUUCCUGUUUGCAUGUG